CCAACUACAAGGGCAAAGUGGAACUAACAACUAUGCUAUGUUCUACAGGGGUGAUUCCACAAGACAUACUGAACAUGGUCUCCUCAUUUUGACCCCCGUACUCACAGUGGGAUGGUCCGAAGGGACAGCUCUUUCAUGUAACCUCAUUUCAGCUCCACUCAACUGGACCGGUGGUCGAAGGUAUAAAAGAUGUCUCCACUUGAAUCGCUCAGUCUCCUCGUCCUGGGACUUAGCCUGGGAAUGGCACAAAGCUUAGUAUCAAUGAAAUGUGAAGAGAUAUCGAAGAUUUGCAAUGGCAAUCUUUGUUGCAUCCCGGGACAAAAUGGGCUUCCAGGCCAAAAUGGGAGAGAUGGGCUGCCAGGACUGCCAGGACUGAAAGGAGAGAAAGGAGAGAGUCUGAGGGGAAUUCAAGGUCCCCCAGGAAAAGCAGGGCCUCAGGGGCCAGCCGGUCCAGAGGGGCCAAAAGGUUUAAAAGGAGACGUGGGAGAAUGUCCAGUCAACCAGGAUCUGCUGACAAAUCUACAGGGAGAAAUCCAGGCUCUUCAGUCCGAAUUGAACAGAAUAAAAAAAUUUUUGAUCUUCAUCAAGGGCAAAAGAGUCGGAACCAAGCAAUAUGUGUCUAGGGACGAAGAGACUACUUUUGCCAAUGUGAAAGUGCUGUGUGAGGAAAUCAAUGCCGCCGUUGCCUUGCCCAAAAAUGCAGAGGAGAACCGGGCUAUUCAAGCCUUAGCCAUGAAGAAGAAAGCUUUCCUCGGCAUGACUGACGAAAAGACUGAAGGGAAGUAUCUCUCUAUGACAGGGGAGAAGGUGACAUACACAAAUUGGAAAUCUGGAGAACCCAAUAAUUUAGGGGGCAAGGAAAACUGUGUGAUAAUUCUGGAAGAUGGUGAAUGGAAUGAUGUACCCUGCUCGUACUCCCAUGGCAUAACAGUCUGUGAAUUUCCAGCCUAAGGGUGUGGAUUGUUCCGAUUCCACGGAUUAAAAGUUGUGAGACUUGGAUCUUGGAACCUAUUUGCCAUUCCUUGUAUUGAAAAAUAAUUAGUUAUUGAUUUUUCACAUGAAGGAGAACUGUGAUAAUCCUUCAUAGUUACAUUACUAAUUAAAAUGUACACUUGAACGCAUGGAAAGAAUCAGACAGAGAAUUAAGAGGAAUCAUUCACAUUCACCUUCCAAACUCUGGUUACCUGGAAAUGUGUUAGCUGGGCAAUUUCAUACAAGCAGCCAUUUUGGAUCACACAUAUUAACUAGCUAUCCUGGCAUAGAGGAGUGGAAGGAAAGAAAGAAUACCCAGUCAUCUAACAUCAGUCAGAAUUAGAAUGGGCUUCCUAUGUUGAGUUCAUAGAAGAAAACUAAAUAAUGAUUGGUCUUUCAUAAAUUUAGAAGCAAAUACAAGAAAGCUGAGAAAUA